CUUUGCUUCAGUCUUCUGCGCUCGUUUCAAACAUGGAGGAGAGGGAACGAGCGAGCGGAGAGUCAGACAGUGACAAAACAGUAUCACGGCCGGAGCACGAGCGGGAGACAGAUUCUAACGUCGAAGAUGACGACGCAGAUAACAUAAAUGUUUGUUCCGAGCAGUUUAACCCUCUGCGGGCCUUGUACUCUCCGACCUCACCGCCGCUUCCUUUCCCAAACAUGAAGUGCUUCAACAAUGUGGCUGCGUACGAGAGCUUUCUGAAGGGAGGCCGGGGCCGAGCUAAACCGGAGAACGUGGAGAAAAAGCGGAGAAAAGCCAUGAAGGGGGUGGCGGACCCGGAACGAAUCGAAAGGCUGAAGAAGCUGAUGGUGAAUAAUCCGGUGUCGGAGGAGGGGGGAGGCAGCAGCAGCCAGCCGAGGAGGAGGAGGCAGAAACCUCCAAAAAAUGUCCUGAGCAGGAUGGCGUUGUGUAAGGGCAGUCCUUUGGGAGAGCUGCACCGCUGCGUUCAGGAGAGGAUAAGGGUCAAAGUUCACAUCAGGACCUUUAAAGGGCUGAGGGGCGUGUGCUCGGGCUUUGUCGUGGCCUUCGACAAGUUCUGGAACAUGGCCAUGGUUGACGUAGACGAGACCUACAGGGAGCCUCUACUUGGAGAGGCACUCUACCAUGACAAGGCCCUCACAAUGUCACGACUCUUUGAGAAGCUGCGCCUCCAGAACCCAGGAGCCCACGAGGUCGUGAAGAAGCAGGAAGCCCAGGAAAAGGCCGACGAGCCCAAAGAGACACCAAAAAGCUGCUCAAAUCGGCCUGCCCAUAUAGGAGACGACGGGACGGCCGAGCCCAAAGAGACAGAACGUGUUCCAAGCAAACAGGAGGAAGAGAACGUCUCUCGGGCUCCUCAGAAGUACGGGAAGGUGCACACGCGCCACAUCAACCAGCUUUUUAUCCGUGGUGAGAACGUUAUUCUGGUUAACCCACAGCCACUCUGAUUUCUACUUUCGUACUGGACGUUCA